UGUUGUAUGUAAACAAUGUAAAUAUUCGAGUUCAUACAAAUUUGUUAGGCUGGAUUAGAAUUCGGUUGGCAUUCGAAAAAAAAUCACACGGUUUCUCAUCAAUAUUUGAAAACUAUAAUAUAAAACAAUGCCGUUGCAGCGACUCUUCGUGGGCAACAUUCCAUCGGGCACCACCGAGCAGGAGUUAAGACAAGAGUUCGAAUCGUAUGGACCGGUCGAAGCGAUCGAUCUCAAAAGCAAACCGAACGCGACAAAUGUAGACUCUUUGGACACGUUCGCCUUCAUCAACAUCGAGCUCGAUGAUCGCACCCUGCGUAGCUGCAUUACCGAAUUCCGUCAGCAGCAGUACAGAGGCGUUUACCUGAAUGUAUCCAAAGCGAAGGAAUCGUUCCUGGAUCGACUCAAGCGUGAACGAGAAGAAGCGGAAGCCGCCAAGCAGAGCAGUGGUGUUUUGAAUCCGUACAAAAAAUUCGACAAUGAACCGAAGCCAGUUGAGGAAGCGAAACCACUUCCGGUGCUGCCGACUAUCAAGAAGAAAAUUGAAAGUUCUAGUUCGGAGUCGAGCUCCGAGAGUGAGGAUGAGGUGCCUGAGCCUGUCCGGAAAGCACCUUCCCAAUUGAAAGAGGAAGAUCAGCUGGUUCGGAAGUGGAAUCAGGAAACUUAUAUAGAGCACGGAAAGUUGAAAAUUGUGCCUAUCACUGGACAAGUUAAAGAAGUUAUCGAGAAGGACAAAAAGAAGAAGCAAAAUGUCAAGGAUUUGGAUGAGAAAUCGCGACUGGCGGAUGAAAAAAGAAAGCAGGGUUUGACAAAUCUGAACAGUGCUUACGAGCUGCAGAAAUCAGCCAUACAAGCCGCCCUUGCUGGUGGAAUUAGUGUUAAGAGAAAAAAGAUAGUUUUCGAUGAGAAUGGCUCGGAAGAACUAGGCUACAAAAAGGCUAAAAUAUCGCUGUUCGGUAAUGAAGACGAUGAGGACGGAUUCAAGGCCAAUUUCGCGGUGAAAAAAGAACUUUCAUCAAACACCGAGAAUGGUCAGAAACUAUUCGAAAUGCAAACACAAUUCCAAGGAGAUUCUCGCUUCAAAUUGGACGAGCGCUUUUUAGCUGACGACGGUUCUGCUGUCGGCCGGAGCAAGAAAAAAAUGCUGGACAAGGAAAAGGCAUCUUUUGUAUCAGGUGACAACAAAGCUAACAAUCAGGAAAGGAAGAAACAACUUGAAAUUCUCUCAAAAGUAACUGGGAAAAAUAUUCAGGAUCAAAACCAAUUCCGAAAGGAAGAACCAGGUGGUAAAUCAAUGCAACGCUUCGAGCCACCCACGCAAAACAAAGUUAAAAAAGAGAAGAAGCUAACGGAAGAGGAUAUACUAGAAACAAAGAGAGCCAUUCGACCGGAAGACAGCUUUCAAGUUUCGGAGGAUAAGUUUUAUAACGUGUCGGAUAAUUUGACGCAAGCUCUCGGCGUUGGUUCCUCUGGUGGAUUCAGUUUGUUGCAGAUGUUUGGGAAAGCUGUUUCAGCGAAUAGCGACAACGAAGAAGAAGCGAAACCACAAGUAAAAUCGGAGAAGCCAGUUCUUAAAGAUACCCGCUUCAGGUAUGAAUCCUCUGCCAGUGAGGACGAAGAAGAUCAACAAGAGCAACAGGUAGAAAACGUAAACAAUGACCUAACAGUUGCUCAGGAAGACGAAGCCAAGAAAAAGAAAAAGAAGGCAGGUUAUUUUUCCAAGCAAGGCGUUUGGAAGGAGAAUUUCUUUUUUCUGCCCAAUGAUGCUCGUUUGGAAGAGGGGAGGAAAUUUUUCGUUGAGUUUGCGGGUUCGGUAGGAGAAGCCAAUACCGAAAAGGACACGCAACUCCAAGAUAUUCGAAAGGUAUUCAAAAAACGUAGAAUGCGGGAAACUAAGAUUGUGAACCAAAUGCGAGCAAAACGCGGCUUGAAACUGAUGAAGAGAAAAUAAAAUUUAUUUUUGUUCAUACA